UUGAAGCAUGCUGCGUAAACGGACCAACGUACCACAAUCGAUCGCAAUAUUUCCAACUUUUGCCAAUGUAUUGUAAUUUGCUGAAUGAAAUGUUAGAUGUGACGAAUCCCGUCGGUAUCCUCUCUCAGUCUGUUGUAUAUGUUCAGUCAAAAUGAGGUCAUUGUUUGACAAAACCAAGAGCUGAUCACGAUUGAAGGUAACGUAAAGGCAACACCGAUGACAUUCCUACAGAUGAUGUUACGCUUGACGUUCAUAUCCAGCCUGUACAUCCUCCAGGUGGUAGCCAAUCAGUUUUCACCGCACCUCUUCCCCCAGGCUGGACCCUACUUUGAGGGCUGGUACAUGAGACUCCUGGAUGUCCAGUCUGGGCGAAGCAUCGGCCUCCUGUUUGGUCAUGUGCUUCCAGAGACAACCAACUUGACCGUUCCAGUAGUAGCAGUUUCCAUCCUGUACAGUGAAGGGUGCACCACCUGCAAAUUAAUGUCCUACAAUGGUUUCUUCAACAGAUCACAGAUGAAUAUUACAGUUCAUGGAUUUCCGGUUUCUAAGAACCCCGAUGACAUUUCGCCGGCAGUUUUUGAAUGGAUAACUGGACAAAAUAUCACCUUCAAUGUACAAGAAAAUAGGACACAUUUCAGCUUCCAGACAGAGGGCGCCAUUUUCCGAGGGAUAGUAUCUUCUCCCAUCCCAUGGGGUCCCAAUGGGAAGGGUCCAGAGGGCUGGCUUGAACAUCUGCCCCUCCCUCUCCACUGGUUCGUAUACAGUCUUCGGUCGAGGGUCGAGUGGUAUGAGUUUAGUGUACCCCAUCUUGGCCUCCGGGUGACCGGAAGGAGUGCAGUGGCUCACAUGGAGAAGAACUGGGGCAAGGCGUUUCCUCCUGCCUGGAUCUGGACACAGGGGGUGAACCCAGCUUCAAACGUAAGUCUUUCACUGUCAGGAGGAAUUGUCAGAGAUGUUAUAACCGUUACAGCCUAUUUGAUUGGCUACAGGAAUCCUGCUAAACAACUAAUGCUGGACUACACGCCUGUUGAUAGUAGAGUUGAAAGUAGACACGAUGGGUGUGCAGGCUACGUAAAUUUGACAGCGAUCGGGUUGGUACACACUUUGCACAUCUACAUCAGCAGCAACACAAAAGCCUUCAGUGACUGUUUAUAUGGACCUGAGACGACAGGGUUCCGCCGGGCAUGUGUUGAGAGCUACAGUGCCACUGCAGACAUCUUGGUGUUCAAAAAGGGCAUGCUGAUGGAUAAACAACACAUCUCUCACUAUGCCAUGGAGUUUGGAGGCAAAUAUGUUUGUAAUGAGAAAUGUGGCACUUAAUGCACUUAAUGCACUUAAUGCACUUAAUCCAUACAUGUAGUUGAGAACUGGUUAGUAAGAACAGUUUCCAACAUAAAAAAGGUUUAUUCACCAAAUAACUAAAAUAGUGGUUUGUCUGUAUACAUCCAGGAAGUUCUAGCCUGUAACCAUAACAUAAGGCUAUAGAACAUCAAAUGGAAGGGUCCUUCUUUCUUGGAGAAGAGUUCUACUGUAAAGAUGGACCAUAUGUUGGAGGGUGAGGAGAUCAAGUUCAAGGCUAACAUUCUAAAACAUUCUAUCAAUGUGGUUUACUCAACAUACGGAGCCACAUAUGGAUUUAAAGGUCACUCUGGUCUGACAAGAAGUAUCAUGUGAGUGUGCCAAGUUAAGUUUCAGUGAAGACAAUAAUAAGUUCAUUUGUCUCCUUAGCAUUGACAUAUAUUCGCCAGGUGUGAUGUAUUUUGUAAAAAUGUCAUAUAGUUGGACAAGGGAGAUCCUGUGUAAAUGAUUUUUUAUGCCUCAUUUACUAUUUCUUGUACAAAAUAUAUUUCUCAAUAUGACAAGCCAUGAUGUUUGUU